AUGAGUCGCUGGUUGGCGCCGCAAAUUCAGGAGUGCAUGCUUAAUCCACCUGCAGCAAUCCACCACUUCACCAAAGCUGAAGUCCGCCGACUUUUAGGAAUUGCAGCUGGACUAAACUACAAUUUGGCGAAAGCUGAGAAGAGCCAGCCUCUGAGUGGACUGGCAGCAGAAAUGGAGCAAAAACCUAAGAGUCUCCAGGACGCCACAUCGGCUGGGUAUUUCAUUCGUAUAAGUCACUGCAGCCCCAAAGACGCUGAUGGAGGAAAUCUUCAACCUGUUAAU